UUCGUUUUGAACGCAGCAAGGAGCAAAGAAAUUUAAUACACUGACUUCUUAGUGUGAUAAAUACAAAACUUUAAAAUUGUAAUCAAAAUGAAGAUAUUUUUAUGCAUCACCAUAAUAAUUGUGCAAAUAUUACUAACUUACGCUGAAGUAAAUUCUACCUACACUACAGAAUAUGACGGAUUUGAUAUUAGAGAAGUUAUGAGGAACGAACGCCUUUUGACCUCUUAUGUUAACUGUUUGCUAGACAAAGGGCCUUGCACUGCCGAAGGAAAAGAACUAAAAAAGAACCUUCCAGACGCGGCACAAAACGAUUGCAAAAAAUGUACACAAAGACAAAAAGAAAAUGCGGAUUUAAUGAUACAAUACAUGGAAGAAAAUCGUCCUGAUGACUGGAAUAAGCUAGAAUUAAAAUACGACGCAAAUGAAACUUAUGGAACAGUAUUACUGGAUGGAGAUAAGAAUGUUACAAAUGGAAAUCAAACUAGUGCUGAAGUCUAACAAGAUUAGAAGCUACAUCUGACAUAUAAAAGUCACAGAUUUAGAAAUAAAAUGAGCCUUAUAAUG